CCUGGGCCGAAGGCAUCGAGGACUCCUUGCUGGCCUCCGGUGCAGCAGAUGGUCACGUGAUCAUCUGGCGCGAAUUCCGCAGCGAAUGGCAGAUUUUGCACCACAAGUACGUCCCCGGCUCUGCGCGGUCCAUCGGCUUCAGUGCCCCGGAGCCGUGCCUGGUGCUGGCGAUUGGCGGCGGGGAUGAGCUGGGGGUUCUCACCUUCCUGGUUGAGAUGCGCCGCGGAGCAACGAAUCCGGACAACUGGCAAGUGAAAUCUCUUCCUGCUCAUACUGGUGGCAUCAAGUCUCUGAGCUGGGCUCCGUCCUCUGGGCCAGUGCUUGCCACAGGACCCGCGGCGAGAUCUGGCCGCUGGCUGGGCGCGAACAGACUAGCGACCUGUGGCGCUGAUGGCCAGAUGAUCAUUUGGCGCAUCGAUGCCAGGAACGACAACUUCUUGCGGGAGCAUAUUCUGGACAGCGAGUCGAGCUGCCUGGCCUGGCGCCCCAAUGUCGGGCUGCCUGGCAACUGCCUGGCCGCCUGCGCGGACGGAGUCGUGGUGCUGAUAGCGCAGGAUGCCGAUGGCCUGCCUUUCGAGACACGGCAAAAGUGGUCAGUGGAUGGUGCUGCGCGUCGACUCAGCUGGACCAAGGCUGGCACGAUGCUGGCUGUUUCGGUGGACAGCGACAAAUGCUUCUUGUACAAGGAAGCCGUCGGAGGGUGGAAGAUGGCGGCUUCACUCGAUGGCAAGUGACAUUUUGGAUGACAUGCUGACCUAGUUCGCAGAAUCCGUU